UUGGUGCGUUCCUCCGGCAGGUCAUUAUCUAUUUACAUUGUAGACUAUUUGCUUAUAUAUAUUUCGGGAUAUAACGAACGGGAUGUCAUCCAACAUUGGUCUCAUCAGCCGUCAGUGUAAACGAACCUGUGAUCGUUAUUUGUUUUUCGACCAAAAGAUAGCUGUAGAAAAGUUAACUGGCUUGGUUUUAGUCGGUGAAACGUUCAGUGAAAGACGCUCAGAAAAUCCUGAUGAACAAUCAACAAAUCGUCUUUUGACGAAUUAUAUUUCAUCUCUUCAAAAAUUCUACUGUAAUAUAUGCCAGUUGAAAAUGGACAAUGCUAUGGAUAUGCGUGAUCAUUUCAAAAGUGAAUGGCACAUUUUUAACAUGAAUCGAUCGAUACGUGGUCAAUGUCCAUUGGAUUUUGAGUUAUAUAAAACUGUAAAAGAUGAAAAUAGAAAUAUUCCAGAAAUCAAUGACAAUAGUCAAGGUGUUGUAACAGAUAGGAAUAGAUCGUCGUCAACGUGUACCGAAUCAUAUCCUGAUAAGGAUACUAGUGAUCAAGGUGGAUCAUCUGAUACAGUUACUACUGCUUCAUCAAUUACUGCAUCAUCUCACAAGCAUAUGCUGUUUUUCCGAAAUAAGAAUUCUGAAAUUAUUGGGAUCAAUCGUUGCGUUUUAUUCACUCGCAAGACUAUGCCUAUGACUAUGGAUGAACUGCUGGCGUGUGUUUCACGUGUUCGACAAAGUCGUAAAUGGGCUGUACUUUUAUAUUCUGGAGGUAAAUUUGCUGGUGGCAUUUUUGAUGGAACCAAUGAAGUUGUUCAUAAGACUUUACACCAAUAUACAGUACGUGCAAAACAAGGCGGUGGACAGUCAUCGUAUGAUGCGUUGUGUAGUGGUCUCGGUAUGUCGAAAUCAGCUGGUGCUAAUCUCCGCCGUCAUGGUGAAAUAGCUAUACGCAAUCAAAUUAGUGAUCUCCUCCAUAAUAAAUGGCGUCAUUUACUUCAAGCAUGUCAGCUGAUAUUUUUAUGGUCGCCUAAAGUCCAUCGAGGUAUAUUCUUCAAUCCACCUGUAUCAUCUACAAACAGUGGAUUAUCCAAUCAGAAUUCAAGUACAACCGAUGAAAAUACUCCAAUCUCACCGAGUUUUUCUACACCUACUCCGCCUACUCCAGAUCCCUUAGCUGCACAAGCAUGUGAUGCUCGACUUGGUAUGAUAGCAGAUGAUUUAAGAAUACGUCGGAUACCAUGUCGUAGUAAGCAUAUCACAUAUACACAUGUGAAAGAAUUACACAAAGAACUGUCUACAUUUGAUGUUUACGAUCCUGAUGCUAAUCUUGAAUUCCUUAGUCAAUCUGGUCGUAAUCAAUGGCGCAAGUUAUCUGAAAGUGGAGAUGAAACACUUUUAGAGACAAAAAGUGGUCGACUCAUUUAUGGUCCUCUUAGCUUACUUUCUUCAUCAGCAAGUAAUUGUAAAAAGAAUGUUCUGUCGUCUAGUUCUUCAGAGAUAUCUGAUCUAUCAGACUGUCUCAGUUCCAAUGAUGACGAUGCUGAUGAAGGUAAUGAUGUCGAAGAACAGCAAGACUGCGAAGAAGAUGGAGAUGUAAAAGAAGUGACGAAAUUAACUCCUUCUGAGAAGAAUGUUAAACGGGUAUCCGAUUCACAUAAAACUAUUCAAAAUACCAAAAAUAUGCAUAAUGAAAAGAAUAAACUAGAGCCUCCUUCUAAUUCUGAAGUAAAAGAACUAACGGAUAACUUUGAAGAUUUAUAUCUAACGCAUCAAAAUUGGCAUAGACGUGUACGCGUAGCGAUAGCUUCAGGUGAUGUGGUGAUUUUACGAUCUCUGUUGCCAAGGUCUAAUGUCUCCAGUGUUGUAAUGAGUCAAAAUCAUGAUUCCAUUGAAUCAGAAAUUGUUCACAAUGCAAGUGGUUCUCCGACGACUACAACAACUAGUACUACUACUACUGCUACUACUACCACUACGCCGACAGCCAUUACUACGACUCCCCCUCCUCCUCCGACUACUAAUACGUUAACUCCCGAGUGUACAUCCCCUGGAUCCGCCAUACCGUCACCUGAGGCAUGUUCAAAGCUAAUUAAUUAUCCAUUGACUGAUGGACGAACACUUUUACAUGUAGCUGUUGAAUUUCAAAGUGAUCCAGAUGUACUUCUAUUAUUACUUGAAUGUGGAUGUGAUCCUGCUGUCAGUGAUUCUGAUGAUGUAACACCCUAUCAAUUGGCAAUACGCUUGAAUAAGAAAGCGAUGGCCAACGUGUUUCGACGUUUCCGGUUUCAUCAACCAGAUCGUUAUGAUUAUGAUAAAGCUCGUAUCCCUACUCCAUUGAAUCCAUCAAAAGAAGCUGCUAAAGCUGAACGUGAACGAGAACGUGCCAAACGACAGAAACAACGACAAAAAGAGAAACGUGCAGCUGAACGUGCCUUAGCUGAACAACGAGAGAAAGAGGCUGCUGAACAAGCUCGUUUCUUAGCGUUAUCAGAUAGAGAGAAGGUAAAAAAAAAAGGAAAAUCUUUUUCGUCUGACUUUUUCAAAAAUGAAGCUAGAAAGAAGUAUGACACGAUUUUAUAAUUAUAUUUGCAUAGUUUAUGUUCCAAUUUUUAAAAGUUAUAAGCAACUGAAAGUUUAUUCAACGAUGAGAAGUGUUAACGGUUGGUUGCCUGAUACAACGAUACAGAAACACUAAUCAAUAUUUUCAAGAGGUGAUUUGUGGAGAUUUGAUUUGCUUUUCAAGUUUGACGAUGGAUUAAUAUGGAGUUAAAAGACCCAUUAAAAGCCAGUAGGAAGUACUGGGUAUUUGUUUCGUCCUAGUUUGGGACUCAUCAUCAGUACUCAUCCACUGCUAUGGUUUGAAUCCAGGACCACUGGGAACCCGAUUCAAUGUCCAGCUCAUGAAUUCUUGCUUCUUCGAAUUCGUGAUCUUACUGCCAAACUCGGUGGAUGCGUGCUGCACAUGAAUCCGAAACUAGGAUGAAACAUCUGGCUGUCCAGUACUCCCUGUGGCGGCUGGUUUUUCAGCGAUUCUCCAACUGAUAUCAAUUAGUGAUUAAACUUCAAAAACAACAGUAGUUUUUGCACAGUAAAAUGGUACCAUUAUUGCGUAUUUCGUUGGCGUCUCAUCAGCUGCGUGCAGCCUAAAGAUAUUUAUUAAUUACGUUUAUAUACAGAACAAUUUUAAGUAUACUUUCAAAUGUUUUACAUGAUAUCAGUUGACAGUAGACUCCAAAUGUCAUAAAUACUGUCCAAAAUAUUACACUUUUAUAGUUUAUAAUAUGAGGAAUUGAAAUUCAAAAAAAUAGUUAGAUUGCGUACAAUGGCAAAAGAGUUGCGUAAUAAACAAAAGAGGUGAGUAAGAUGAUGAGUAAUUCAUAAGUCGAGUAACAAUAUACUGAGUCCAACUGAUAGAAACAACCGACAAGCAAAGUGACAUUGUAUCCAAGUGGGCGAUGGGGUGGGAAAGAGGUUGAAGCUAAAUACUACGUUAUUAGAUAAAUGGGAGAGUAAAGACAUUGAGAGUGAAGAAAGACUGAUAACUGCUUCUUUCUGAACACAUAAAUUGGCGUUGGAAUCGUUUGCUCGAGAUUGCUUCAGCAAACUUGAGGAGAAUUGAUGAACUAUCUUGUCUGUUGAUAAUUUUAAAGAAUUUCAUGAUGUAUGCACCGGAUGAUCUGUAUUCAAUAGAUGCCUAACAAUGGCAUUAUUGAAAGCUUUUAUUCCUUUGAGACGUAGGGUUUUUUGUACAUGUUGAGAGCAUUGGAGAUAUUCCCUUCUGAUAUGUAUCCACAUAUAUAUUUAUGUGUGUGUGUAUGUUGGUCUCUCUUUCUGUUUGCUCGCUUAGUAUGUGACCAUUUCACUUGUAUGAACUUGUCUCCUUUAACAAUGUAUAUUCUCCUUAUAUUAUAUUAUAUAUAAUAUGAGUGUUUGUUGACAGUCCGUUGCUUGGUGACAUAUAUCCAUAUAUGGUGGUUGUUGACAUGUCUGCUAUAUUUCGCUAUGUAUAUAUGGAUAGAUACUUCAUUAUAAUUAGCCAUUCAUGUUAAGACUGUCUAAUGAUUGUUCACACCCUUGUCUGAACAUUCAUACAUAUUUUGCAUUCACAAUUUGUGUGACUUACACUGGCUUACCGCUUUGGUGUGAUACCACUUUUGCAUUCUCCUUGUGUUUGGAAAUAGAAGUAUCAUCGCAAACCUAGUGGUCUUCUGAUUUCCGCCUUCUUGCGUCAGGACUAUUAAAUUCUCGACCAGUCCAUAACAAUAAUUUGUCGACGAGUACAUAACAAUUUGGCGACGGGGAAAACUACUAUUAACCACUCAGCAGCGGCAACAUAACACCUUCUUUCUGUUCUCCCAAUGUAACUGCUUCCGCAGAGACAUGCAAAUUUGUAUACAUAGUUAGAAUUAACAUGAGAUGGUUGGAGGCAAUCGGCAGGAUUUCUUUUCUAACUUAGAUUUCAUGCUAUUUGGCACUCAGAAAAUCAGUCAGAAAUACUAAUAAUAAGUUGGGUGAGCUGCAGAUGAGUUUGCUGGCAAACAUUUUAGAAACUGCCAUCCUUCGUUUAAAUUCUCUUCGAUCUAACUAGUAAAUUACUACUAAUUGACGUGAGUAGUUUUUAACUACUCAUAUUGUUAUUCAGUAGUCGGUAUCAUCUCGUUAAUUUUUAUUCCUCUCUUUUUGUUUUAACUAACUACUAGCGUGCUUUAGCAGCAGAACGUCGUUUGAACUCUGCUAGAACAGCAGCAGGUGAAACACCUGUGGUUUUCAGUCGUUGCUUUCAAUGCGCUUGUGAUAUCACCGGUAAAGUACCAUUCACUUAUAUGGAUUAUAAUUUUUGUACACCAACCUGUUUAAAACAACAUCGUCUAGCAUCAUCGUCGGCAUCCACGUCGACUGCUUCAACCACAACAACAUCAACUCAUCGUCCAAAUCUGACUACUACUAAAUGACAAAGAUGGAUGACACCUCUUUUACCCCUCACCUCCCGCUAUUUUCUUGUUGUUUCCUUCCCCAUGAUUAUCUUUUUACUCAGAAUUUCAGAUGAAUAAUUCCCUCUUACUUGUAUGUGAACAGGAUUAAUUGUACAAUUAUGUAUGACGUAACAGUGUUACGUCAUCUGUGAGAGUGGAGUGUGUGUGUGUGUGUUUGCGUACGUGUAUGUUUAAGUGGAUAUAGAUUUUUUUUUCAAUUAAUUUGAUAAUACCUCGCCCCCGUCUAUCUGCAUCAAUAUGAUGUAAUUUAAUGUAAGCAGCCUCAGUCAGUUUGUGUCUGUGAGUGUUUGUGUGUGUGUGUAUUCUCUCAUAUGCCUUACUCAACCAACCAACUAGCUGGUUGAGUUGUUUACUUUAUUUUGUCUUGUGCAGAUAAAACACCUUUGAAAGAAAAAAUAGAAAAAGUUAUGCUUUAUUUGUCUUUCAUCACCUUUUCCUUAUACUGUUCCCUCACAUCCUCCUCGGGGACCCCUUCUCCGGAUGGUCUUUUUUUGAUAUAUAAGCAUUUAUAAAUGACAAAAAAAGCAACAAAAUAAUAAUAAUAAUGCAGU